UUGCGCGCGUGCGCAUGCGCGGCGUCCGCAAGGGGCUGGGGAGCAGGUGCGCUGGCUUACGCCACGGUCUGCUGCCCCGCGCACCAGCUUGCAGCCUGACCUGCACUCUGGAGCAUGUCUCUACACGCCUGGGAUUGGGAGGACGAGGACAGCGAAAGCAACGGGCUGGCCUCCUCCUGCCCUAGCUUUUACCGCCUUGAGUCUGAUGCGGACAACUAUCUGAGGGCUCCGGGCCAGGAGUCUGACUUCGAGAACCCCUAUAGCAGUAUUGAGUCCUUCGACGCCAGCACCUUCAACUCCGACGUGCCCCAGGUCGUCCCCUGCGAUCUCAUUAUCUCCCUGGCCCUCCCUGUGAAUACAGAUCAUAAAGGAAAACAUACAACUCUUAUUGAUAAAUACAGGAAACACCCUAAACUGCACAACCAUGUGUCAAAGCUUCGCCGUUUCUACCACAUUGAGUAUUUCUUACUGCCAGAUGAUGAAGAACCUAAAAGAGUUGAUGUCGUGGUGUUUCCAGGACUGGCCAGGGUGUUCCUGGAGUCAGGAAUAAAGACUGUGAAGCCGUGGUGUGAAGAUGACAAACUCUGGGUGUCAUGGAGCCAGACUUUUAAUGUCAAUGUGACAAAGGAAUUAUUAAAGAAAUUGAAUUUCCACAAGAUCACCUUGAGGAUCUGGGACACCAAGGACAAGAUUUCAAAAAAAUUCAGUUACUAUCAUCCAUUGAAGACUCUUUCAGAUGACCUGGGCUCAUUUGAGGAAGUGAGACGUUUGGUUUUGAAUCAGAGAGAAUUAUCUAAACUAGGCCUUGAAAAAGCUAACGUUGUCAGGGAGGAGUGGAAUGAGGAGUCUCUACCAGAAAAACAAGAAAAGGCAGAAAAAAGUCCAAAGUCUUUGCCGGAGCUUGAAACUUCUUCCAGGAACAGUGAGGAAUAUGAAAAGUCACUCAAACCAGAUGAUCUUCCCACAGUUCGACAAAGUACUUCAAGAGCAGCAGCUAUGUCUUUUAUGGGGACAACCAUGAUGGAGAUCAAGGAAUUAAUUGACAAAACAUCAUUUAGCAGCUUGAACACAUUAGAGAGGCUAAGAUCUCAAAUUAGAGGAAGAGAUUUCGAAAUCAAAAAGAAAAGCCACAAGAGAAUGAAGAAGCCUCCAGCCAUGAAGGACGGAGACACUAAGGUGUCGGGCUGCUGGAGGCCAAGUAUCUUCUGCAUCCAACUGGCAGUGACACCACUCCUUGCAGGACAGCAAGCUGUCAUGAGCCGUGGCAGUGAGAAGUCCGCCAACAUUUUAGAUUGCCUUUUGACCUUAAAAACAGAAGUUCCUAUCAUGACGGAAGAGCAAAAGCAGGACUUAAACCCCAUGACCAUAAAGAUCAAGUGUGCUUCCUGCCUUCCGUCACAACCUGUGCCCAUUCAGGAGCUGGAGAGGCUGUGCACCCCCGUCUACUGCAGGUACCAGUUCCAUAAGACGCCGGUUCACCAGACCAAGGGCGAGCCCCACGGAACCCAUGUUUAUUUCCAUGACAUCAAUGUCAUCUUCCUUGGGGCCAUGCACCCCAGUGAGCUGCGGGAGUACCUGGAAGGCCCCCCCAUGGUGGUGGAAGUUCAUGACCGGGACCGGAAAUCUGAGGAGUCCUCCCAGAAGCCCAUCCUCUUUGGAGAGGACCCCUUGAAUUCACACCUCAACCUGCAGGCCUUCAUCUCCCCUGCAGAUACAGAGAACAACCCUUUUGAGUCACAGAAAAAGCUGUGGAACCCUUACGGGGUCGCCCGGGUCAGUUUUGCCAACCUCCUCCUUGGCCACAAGUACUUGAACCUGGUUGUCCCCAUCCACAGCUGUGAGCCCAAGUCUACAGGCUGUGCCAAGGGCAGCAAGAACAGGAGGCCUGAUGUCCUCCAGCACAGCCCGAUGCCCAUGGGCAGCUACCUGGAGGCAAACUCACAGCUUAAGCUGCGUGUAGGCAUCGCAGUGCCACUGAGCCCUAGAGCUGAAGCCCCUCAACCGGAUCUUGCAGACUCCCUGUUCGGCCGCAUAAUUUUCGUGUUCAGCUUCAAGAAGCUGUUCCUCCUCCCUGACCUGCUGCACGAUAUCACCACAAUCAACGCCAAGGCCCUGGAGCUAGACUCCUACCCAAUCCGUAACGUCCAGCAGAUCCUGUCAGCCUUCAAGAUGCGGGUGAAGGUGCAGGACCAGCCAUCCCUGGACGUGCUCACUGGCUUCCAUCUUCUGGAUGGCACAGUCCACCUCUUUGUCCUCGAGGGCUUGGCAGAGCAGGGCCUCAAGCAGCUGUGGAACAGCCACCAGAGCCGAAUCCCCGAGUCCCAGCGUGGGGAGUACAAGGUGCUGUACAACUCGCAGCUGUUGUUCCGCCGCAGGCUCUACGCAGACCUGGAGACGGUCCUGUACCACGUGCACCUCUCCAAGCCCGUGGCGCAGCUCUUGAAGCGGCAGGCCCUCUACGUGCGCAAAGCAGUGCCACGUACAGUCUUCCAGGCGCUGGCCAGGAUCCACGACAUCUGCCACACCAGCACCCGGCUCAAGGAGGUGAUUGUGAGAGACCUGCUGCCUUCCUCUGCCAUGAUCAGAGACUUGAACCAAGAGUUUGGCAUCCCCAUCUCGCAAGAGGACCUCACAGAUGAAAAGCUGCUGGCCUUGCCGCCACAGCCCGCCCCCAACCUGGAAGCCUUCCAGAGCCAGGGCUCCACCCUGACCUCUGAGAUCCUCUCCCACCAGGAGAAGUACCUGCAGUGGCGGGCCACCAUGCUGCAGAGGAGCCGGCACCAGAAGGACAGCCUGGUCCAGAGAAACAUCACAGAAGCCUAUGAGGGCACCAAGAGGCCACCCAAGUCUGUAGUAAAGGUGCUAAGAAUUUCUCCUGCCACCAAGCCUAUCCACAACUACAGCAUCCAGACCCUGAACUCCUCGGAGCUUGCCAAGAAGGAGCUGUAUCGAGAGAUGGCCAAGGAGCCAAGGAUGAGAUUCACAUACUCUCAGAAUUACCUCUCGGCCAUGGUGGAGCCUCAGAACUCUGAGGAAGAGGAGAAGAAAGCGCAGAAGAAAUCCCGCCAGGCCUGGCUCACAGCCAGCGGGUUCCAAGUGACAGGUCUUCACAACAGCACCGAAAGCCACCACCAGGAUUUCAGACGGCUACCCACUGAAGAGCUGAAGGAGGAGUGGAUGGAGCGCGCGCUGUUUGCUAAUGUGCUGAAGCCCACAUUGGAUAGAGAGAGGUGGAGCUGGGACAAGCGCCACCGGGACUUUGAGCUGUACAAGAAGCCCCCACCUAUCCUAGAGCUGCCCCUGACAGGAUGGAGACCAAAGGCACUGGCCCUAUCUCCCAAGCAGCAGGACCCUCCCAAGGCCAAGGCAUGGGACGCCGCCGCCUGUUCUCAGGACACCUCGGCAGGGCCACAGCACUUGACUUCCCACUUCUCCAACCACUGACUUCAUUAAAGUGCAGCAGGACAAAGGCCUGGCUCAGAAGUCAGUGUUGGGUUCUAAUUAAGCCCUGACCCAAACUCGCUUUGUCCCCAAAAGCAAGUCACCCAGUGUCACAGAGCCUGUUUCCUGAGUGGGGCUGAGCAGGCUCACCUCUUGG